AAAUCAUGUGUCGACUUGUACUGCAACUGUUGGCGGCACUGUCAAUUUAAUUUGACGUAGUUGAAGCGUGAUUUAGAUUAAUCAAAAAGUGCAAGUGGACGCAGUAGAAAUUGUCGUUAUGGCGUUAUAGCUUUCACAAUUGGUUUCGUCGUCGUUGCCCAAUAGAUAAAGGUUUAUCAUUGAUGUAAUUAACUUUUUUGUAGAUAUUUUGCAGGAAGUAUCACAUACACCGAGUUCAAGAGAGAAUACGUAAACUGAAUUUUAUAAAUUAACGGAGUGGAAGAAUGAACUACUUUUGCCGAUUUAUUAUUUUGUUUAUCGUCACCCAUAUUUUUGAAAGCGUAGCCGUGUCAGAAAGGACAUGUUCUGUGCACUUGGUGGACCACGAGUGCCCAGACCCUAAUGAAUCUUGUAAUCAACAGAAGAUUAGUGACAGUACUGGUGUGUGCAAGUGUAAAACGGGAUACACGAAGCGAAGUCCCACAGAAUUAUGUAUGCAGAUUAAAACAGUCACUACCACUGGCCCACAUUCCGAUGAUAUGACCACAACACCAGAGCCAGAAUAUUCAUCUAAAAUAUCAGGUUCCACUGUUGCUACCAGUAUUCUGAUUCCAUUACUGCUAGUUGUGGCGUCUGUGGGAUUGGUGUAUGCUGCUCGCCGCUAUCGGUGGCUCCACAAGCUUCAUCAUCUGAGACAGCGGCGCUAUGAUGAGGUGCGGAUUGGUCAGGAAGAUGAUGAUGAUCCGCCGAUUGCAUGAAUGUAACAUAUUAAUUGUCAUAGGAGUCUUAAAAUAUAAGACUGGAAACCAAGGUGUGGGUGUCUGAGUGGGCGUGGACUGUUCUAAAUGUUAAUGUUAUCUACUACGAGGGUGAGUAAGGUGAAACCUUAAAAGUGCGAAAAAUCAAGAUCCUAACAGUUCCAAUGGGACUACAAUCACCAGUUCAGAAUGCUGUGAACUGCUGAGUACUGGUAUUCUGUUGCUGCAUGACAGUGCUAGGCUAUAUACUUCCUGCGUGUCAGCUGAAACAAUCAGGGAAGUUCCAUUUUGAGUGUCCCCCUCAUCUGCCUUACUUGCCUGUUUUUGCCCCUUGUGACUACCAUGUGUUUGGGCUGCUUGAGGAAAGACUUGAUCUGAUGAAAAGGUGCAAGAAGCAGUGCAUGAGUGGCUACUCAUGCAACCAAAGGAUUUUUUCAGAAGGAAUCUGGGCAUUAGUGAAGGGCUGAAGGACGUGUAUUGAAUGCAAUGAAGACUUUUGAAAUAUGACAAAGAUGUACCAAACCUGUUUGCACAAAAUUAUUUGACAAACAGAUUUUAAGGUUUUCAUUUGACUCACCCUUAUGUGUGUACAGUUUUCAUUACAACACUCAAUGUGGUUGUAAUAUAGUGAUAUUUCAAGAUAUUUUAUGCAACUUUUGUAGUGAAUGAAGUAUUAGCACAAUAAAUUUAUGUCGCUAUGAAAGUAAAAUUACGUCACAUUUUUUUAGCUGUUCUCCAUUUCCACCACAAGAUUUGAGAGUGUGCCAGUUAUAAGAAUACGUGGAUCUGUGUCUGCUGUUCACAACCAGAAUGGAUAUUUAGAUAGAGGUGUAAUUUACCUUUUGUUGUUCCUUCCAUUGUCAGGAGAUACAUAACAAGUAUAUUUAUUGUCUUCUGAGAUGUGACGCUUGUGUUGUUUGGCACAAGUCUACCAGUGCUUUGGAGGAAUAUACUGCCUAUAUCUUCUCCUUCUCUGAAGCUGAAGGCAGUACAUUCCUCCAGAACAUCAGUAAACUUCUGCCAACUAUGCAGUGUUAUAGCUUCUACUGUGAAAACCUCAAAUCAAACAAACCUGAACAUUCUUCAUGUAUAAGCACAUGUGCCUUAUUUCUUGGGUGGAAGGAAAGAUAGAUUGAAUAAAGGAAUUAGUAGUGCUUAAUGGUGAAUUCUUUGUUAACUUGCACAUAGUGCCUCACCAUUGUUUCAUGCAGUAUGAGCUUAGACAGUUUUUGAAAGGGAUUUUGUUCCCACUCUGACAUACACAAGACUUGGAGUAAGUUUUACAUGUAGUAGUGGUUCAGCAUAAUGACAGGAAAUCUGUGUGUUUGCUAGUAUUGGGGCUAUUAUUGUAAUUGGGAGCCUUUUAAGAUUAGGGCUUGCCAGAGCUCAGGUAUGUUUGCCUUGCUUGAGGUAUAUAACAUGGAAUUCCUUUCAACCAGCCACUUUAAUGUGGACGAAAUGUGAUAAGACAUUGAUUAUGGAGUUAAUCACAUAUUAAUUUAAAUGCAUUGAUUAUAUGGGACUCGGUUGGAAUGAUUAUGCAUAUAAUUUGUAAUCUUCUCAGCACCAAACACUAACCUUAACCUGACUUUUGAUUGGCAGCAAGCGAAAUGUGCAGUGUAUAGUAUUUCGCUUUUUUGAAAUAACUUAAAAUAAGUGUUUUAGUACCUCCUGUUUUAAGUUUUGUGUUUGAAGUGUAACAAAGAUAUGUUUAGGGGCACAACAGUUGUUCAUAAACCAAUAUUGAAAUGUUUUAAUUUUAAUGUUGGUUUAUAAUCAGUUGUAUCAAUGGCCCCAAAGUAUACCUUUGUUGUGUGAUACACAACAGGAUGCAGAAUAUAAAGGUUUGUAACAGUUACAAGACCAUUUUUGUCAUUUAUUCGCAGAUUCUGAGAAAGCGUUAAAUGUAGCAUACCAUACUAGGUUCUAUGCACAGCUGAAAAACAUAAAAAAAAUUGGAAGCUUAAACAUAUCCUCAGGCUUACAAAACUUUUUGCAGACUUCCAGGGUUGUAGAGGUUAGGCUUGCUAAGAAUAAAUUAGAAUAAAGUGAUAUGUAUGAUACAGUCAUGCAUUCUCUUACAUAAGUAGUGUGCUGUAAGUAUAUAAUCCCAGUGGUCCAAAAUUUAUUGUUUAGCUCUUGUAUAAUUAAGUAACAUACUGACUUUACUAAAAUGCAUUAAGAAUAAUUUUCACAAUUGUAAUAAUCCACCUUCAGGUGGAUGUGUCUAAAAUUAAGUACAAAUUAAAUAUUUCAUCUGCACUAGGGGCUUUGUCUGGCAUACAAGUGUUACUCAUUUGCUGUGGAUCUUUGUAUCUUAUUUAUUAUUAAGAAGAAUGGUAAGACUUUUUGCACAUUUCAUUUCAUUUAUUCUUUGAAUUCAAUAAAUCCUUAUUGGCGAAGCCUAGGAUGUUGAACAAGUCACAGUGAAAUCAAACAUACACAAGAACAGUUCAUAAAAUAGAACUCAGUCACAUACAGAGCAGUCAUAAAACGAAAUUAUACAUAGUGAUAAUCAAAACACAAAAAAGUGGAAAUUGUUCACGUUAAAAUCGAUUAAAUUACAACCCAUAAAAGCUUACACAACACAACAUAUACAUUUCACACGAUUUAAA